AUGAGAAACCAAAUCAAAACUUCAAAACCCGUCAAAGUGGAACCACACUACUGCUCCUUCCACACAAAACCAAAACGGUCAACAGUGCAAAUACUAAAGAUUGCGAGAUUCUUUUCGUCGAUUUCACUGAGUCAAAAAAAUAAAGUACGUGCGAGAGGUGUUGGACCACAACCGCAGAAAAAAUUUAUAAUACCGACGAUUAUUGUCACGUGUAGUGAUGACGACGACAGUGACACAAACAAUACUGACACGCUGAAAAAUGGGCCUGCAGAGAAGUCAGGAAAAAUCGUCUUCACAGGGGAUGAAGGAAUAUUUGGGAAUAAAUUUAUGGCUAUUGAUAAACCUCCAUCUUAUGAUGAGACUAUGUUGAAUAAUUAUAAUUCGCGAGUUAUAAUUCGCGAGUAA